AGGGGAGGUGAAAGGAGGAGUUACUCAGAGGAGGCUAGCCAGUCAAGUUGCACUCUGUGGGUCAGGGGCAUCGUCAGGAAACAUCGAGGCUGCCUUGGCUGGGCUAAGGAAAGAAAAGUGGAAUAGCUACCAAACAAACACAGGAUCUGAGUUAACGUAUUUCAAGACAAGCCGACGACGUGCUUUGGAUUCUGAUUCGGUUUUUUAUUGAUUAGGGAAGUCGAGACGUGGCAACUGGACGCCGACCAAGCGUUGUGAAUUAGCGGGUGAAAGCAUAGUGGACACGUUCGGAGUAAGCGGUGUAGUGGUUGAGCCUGUGUGCUCCUCAGAUUCCAGUGAGAAUGAAGAGGUUUAGGAGACAUGGACAGGAGUCCCACAGAGAUCGGAUCAAACAGGAGCUCUAUGGGUUCAACAAGACGGUGGAACAUGGUUUUCCCCACCAGCCCAGUGCUCUGGUCUUCAGUCCCAGUCUACAGCUCCUGGCCAUCGGCACACGCUCCGGCGCCAUCAAACUUUAUGGGGCUCCAGGUGUAGAGUUCAUGGGUCUACAUGAUGAGAACGCUGCCGUCACACAGGUCCACUUCUUACCACAGCAGGUUGACUUGGUCACUCUGUUGGAUGACAACAGUCUCCACAUGUGGACCCUCAGAGCUCACCAAGGAGUCUCUGAGCUGCUGGAGAUAGGACGCUUCACACUUACUGGACCCCCGGGGGCUCCUCCCAGUGUGACUCGUGUGACGGCGGUGCUGACCCACUCCUCUGGGGACCUGUUGUUUCUGGGAACAGAGGGGGGACACGUGUUCGUGGUGGAGGUACCGGGCUUCAGAGAACUAGAGGAGAGGAACAUUAGCCUGGAGAAUGUCACCAACAGUUUACCAGAGGACUAUGGAGGUCGUAGGAGCUUGGAGCAUGUCGAGUCCUUACAGGAGAAUCCUGUCAACCCACGCCAGGUUCUGAUUGGCUACGGACGAGGCAUGAUGGUCAUCUGGGACCUGGAGCGCCAAUCAGCCGUCAAACACAUCCCCGCUACUCAGCAACUAGAGAGCGUGUGGUGGACGGAGGACGGCGGCCAUGUUCUCAGUUCCCAUAGCGACGGGAGCUACUGUCGCUGGAUGGUGGCCGGGGAGGGGACACAGAGCGAACAGGAGAAGUCCGAAGUACCGUACGGCCACUUCCCCUGUAAGGCCAUCUCUAAAAUCAUCCAGCUCCCUACUGAACAAGGGCCUCCGUUCCUGUUCCUCAGUGGCGGCAUGCCCCGGGCCAGCUACGGAGACAGACACUGUAUCAGUGUGAUCCACAGUAAAACACACGUGGCUCUGGACUUCACCUCCAGAAUCAUCGACUUCUUCGUCAUCAGAGACGGACCAGACCAUACAGGCGACCCCAGUGCGUUGGUGGUCUUAGUAGAAGAGGAGUUGGUAGUGAUAGAUCUUCAGACUGAAGGGUGGCCAGUCAUCCAGACUCCGUACCUGGUCCCUCUCCACUGCUCGGCCAUCACCUGCUCCCACCAUGUCUCUGCUAUACCCCUGAAGCUGUGGGAGAGGGUCCUGUCUGCCGGAGCACUGCAGAACACACACUACUCUAAGAAGCCGUGGCCUAUAACAGGAGGACAGAACCUGUCUCCCGACGCUCCUCAGCGAGACCUACUUCUCACAGGGCACGAGGACGGUACGGUCCGAUUCUGGGAUGCGUCAGGAGUCUGUCUGUACCCCAUGUACAAGCUGAGCACGGCAGGGGUGUUCCUCACUGACGCAGAACCCAAUGACAACAUGAACCAGGGCACGGAGGGAGAGUGGCCACCUUUCAGAAAGGUGGGUUGUUUUGACCCGUACAGUGACGACCCUCGCCUGGGCGUUCAGAAGAUCCACCUGUGUAAAUACAGCGGUUACCUGACUGUAGCUGGCACCGCUGGACAGAUCCUGGUGUUAGAGCUGAAUGAUGAGGCAGCGGAACAGACGGUGGAAGCCACGGUAGCUGACCUGUUACAGGGACAGGAGGGCUUCCGCUGGAAGGGCCACACGCGUCUGGAGGUGAAGGAGGAGCCGGUGAUGUUCCCCCCAGGAUUCCAGCCCUUUGCCCUGGUCCAGUGUCAGCCUCCGGCCGUGGUCACCGCCCUCACCCUGCACUCUGAGUGGAAACUAGUGACCUUCGGGACCAGCCACGGCUUCGGACUCUACGACUACCAGCAGAAAAACACCGUCCUCGUCAGGUGUACUCUGAACCCCAGUGACCAGCUGGCUAUGGAAGGGCCUCUGUCCAGAGUAAAGAGCAUUAAGAAGUCUCUCCGUCAGUCCUUCAGGAGGAUCAGACGCAGCCGAGUGUCUUUACGCAAACACCACGUCAACAGCGCUGCUAAGGUGCAGGAGGCCAAUGCUCGUCUGGAGGCUGAGCUAGCAGAGAUGGAGUUAGCUCCUGUUCAGAGAAAGAUAGAGGCUCGAUCCUCAGACGACUCCUUCACCGGCCUCGUUCGCACGCUGUACUUCGCUGACACCUUCCUCUCAGACAGCUCCCAUCACACGCCCUCUCUCUGGGCAGGGACCAAUGGGGGCUCGGUAUUAGCCUACCAGCUCCGCCUACCGCCUGUGGAACGCAGAGCAGAGGACCCCGUCUCCGCCCACCCUGCUAAGGAGAUCCAGCUGAUGCACCGUGCUCCAGUAGUGGGCAUCGUGGUGUUGGACGGCCACGGUUCCCCUCUGCCUGAGCCCCUGGAGGUGGCACAUGACCUGGCCCGCUCAGCUGACAUGCAGGGCUGCCACCAGCUACUGGUCAUAUCCGAGGAACAGUUUAAGGUGUUCACCCUGCCCAAGGUGAGCGCUAAGAUGAAGUUAAAGCUCACCGCCAUCGAUGGUUCGCGCGUGCGCAGGGUGGGCGUGGCCUGGUUCGGCAGCAGCCGCUCGGAGGACUAUGGUGAGAGCGGCCUCACCGUCCUGACCAAUCAGGGAGACCUCCACGUGGUGUCGUUGCCGGGGGUGAAAUUGCAGGUCCAGUACCCCUGUAUCCGCAGAGAGGACGUCAGCGGCAUCGCAUCCUGUGUCUUCACCAAACACGGACAGGGUUUCUACCUGAUCUCUCCGUCUGAGUUUGAGCGUUUCUCUCUGUCCGCUCGCUGUGUGGUGGAGCCCAGGUCUCUAGUGGAGGUGCCCUCCCAGACACCCAGCACCACCCUGCCUCGGGCGCAGCCUGACGGGCCGUCUGUGGCGCACAGAAAUUCCACGCGGGCCACCGAUGACGUGGAGGGCUCUGCUAGACGUGUGAUGGAGCAUGCUUUGCUGAAUGACGAGACAACCCACGACCACCCUACCGCACGUUUCAUCAUAACCAACUUAACUCAUGGCAACUGUCAAUCGUCAUUGUGUGUCUGUGGUCUGACCUGUUCGUUCCUUACAGCGGUGCUUCAGGAGAUCCAGAAAUCUCUAGAAGGAUACCAGCCGACGUUCCUGGAGAACAAUGUGAAGAGUGCUCUCGCUGGAGGGAAGGUGCUGACCAAUGGAGACUGAGCCAGUCCUUCCUGGUCAUGAGACAUCAUGGAGUCUGCCUAGCAAACUACGCCAACACUACUAAUACUGCCACUACUGACCCCUGAACCAUGACCCCUAGCCCCCAGAGACUGAAACCUCACCCCUAACCCAAAAAGACUCACUGCCUGUGCCCCAAAUUGCACUCUAUUCCCCAAGUAGUGCACUGCUUUUUACCAAGCCCAUAUAGGGCGAGUGGUGUAGUGUAUGAGGACUAGGGUGUGAUUUGAGCCCAUAUAGAGAGAAGAGCGAUGGAGAGGGGGUCCACCGGCUGUGCCUAGAGACCAACCACUGUACUGUAAUACCCUCCUACACUUGGUACCUCUACACCUGCAACACAGUGGUCAUGAUAUGGUCAUUCCGCUGACGCGCUUGUCCAAAGCCAAUCACAGUUCACACACCUUCACAUACAAGCCAUAAUUGCAUUUAACACACCCUACUCGCUCACCCACCCACUCUCUCCUCAUCCCGACCCCAUUCACGGCCUUCCGACCUUCAGCCUUUCACCAUUUGAACCCAAGCUGACCUGUGGAACUCUGUUUUGUCCAAUCCCAACCCUGCCUCGGCACGUCCUCGCUUGCCUUCGUCUCCUAGAGAGACACGGUUGGAGACGGGGAGAUAUAGGGAGGAAGAAUGGACUUGUUUUUAUUCAUAUUUUAUUUGUGAUUUUAAUUUGACCUGUGAUUUUAGUAUUUUUGUUUUGAUUCGACCUACAAUCUAGAUGGAUGGGGGGGGGAAACUGUACAAGAAAACAACAAGAAUAUUUAAAAAGUGACCUGUUUGACAUGGUAGUUUGUUGCUAAUGCUGACAAGACAUUGUUUGGGGCGAGAGAGAGAAACACUGAGUAUCUGUGGAAUCGGAACAGUUCAUUUUAAACCAGACCUAAUCCUAGAACGUCAGCCUGGCAGUCAGAAAAAGAGCCCGUGUCCACAAAGCCUCUGAGUACGAGUGAUGAUCAGUUUAGGUUUAUAAGAUUAUAUGGACAGAUCUUAGAUCGGCAUUCCUUGUGUAAACGGGCCCUGUUCCUGCUUUAGCCAACCUCAGAAACUGAUCUGACUACCAGACUAGUCGUGAAAGACCACUGUGCCGUAAAUGUCUCCCCAAGCGCUUUUUUUUUUGCUAACUGACCUCCCUCCUUGCCUCCCCUACCGUCCGCUCGUUAAGGUGUAAUAACCAGUUAUAAGUUAUAGUCGUAGGUACUUGUCCACUACCGUGUAGCACACAAUGGGAAGGGGAACAACUUUCUAUGAGGGUUUUACAUUUUUAUCAUGUUAAACGUCUUUGUUUUGAACACAGCAUUGAAUAAUGUAAUUUAGGAAUGUAAUUUUAAGAUAUUGUAGUCAAAUGUUUAAUAUAUAUAUAUAUGUACUAUAUGAUGAUUCUAGGCCUGCAGUUGGGCCUGUUUUGUUAAUGGGGGUUGGCUGCUAUAGUCGGAUCUUACAAGGAAAUAUUUUGGUACUGUUUCUCCGAAAUGCUGGGUAUUUUAGCAUUUUUAUGGUCUCUAGAAUAUAUUUUUGUAGUGAAUGGUCGAGUAUGAGAACCCUAAUUUUUGGAUUGCUAACUUUCACACUACAUAAUGUCCUGCUGGAAAAUGAAUACAAGUUUUUUUUCACAAGA